AUGGAGAAGAUGGCCGACCAGAACAAGCCUGAAUCGGAAUACUCAGUCACCACCACUGUCCUGGACGGUACUGACGUCAAGAAGAUUCACCGCUCGAAGAGGAGAUGUUCGGUUGCUGCACAGUCGUCAGAGGCUCCGAGGCAAGAGCCACAGUCAUCAGUCCGCAUGGAACCGGAAGCUUCCACCAUUGGCAUAGUUCCGUUGGAACUAACGUCACUGAUGAAAGACGAAAUGAAACCAGACGAGACGGCUACUAAGGUUUCACACAAGGCUGAUUCCUUGGUACAAGCUCCAGAAGAGAAAGGUUCGAUCCUUGCGGCCGCGCCUCGUUCUGAGGUUGUCAUCAGCGCUGCACCCGAUAAGGCGGAGCCAGAUGAAGCCGCAGUGCCUACCGGACCGAAAGAACCGGAUAAUAUACAGGCGAAACAGUGGGUGCAGGACGCGAAAAGCAGUAUGCAGCCGUCGCUGCGCUCAACUGGCUUUCGAGAAAGUCUCAAGUCAAGCCACUUCGCAGACAACCGACGCCGGCUCUUCGUGGCGGCGGUGUUGUCGGUGUUCAUCCUCAACGCCAUGGCUGUCUUGUGGUUGUUGAUGAGCGCAUGGGACAGCGAGGACACGUACGUCAUGGUCCCGCUACUUGGAGCCUUUCGCGGGCUGCGGACCAUGGUCGAGAACCAGCCGGUGUACAUGUUCCGAGGCAUACCGUUCGCCCGAAGCACCGAAGGAAUGCUGCGGUUCGCGGAUGCUUCUGUGAUUUCCGCGAUCAACACCACGGACAUCGACGCCAGGAUUCCGAAAGCCGGCUGUGCCCAGAAAUCGUACAAGUUACACGGGCAGGUCAUCCGUUCCAACGAGGGCACAACGGAGGACUGCCUUCACCUGAACGUGUGGACGCCGUGUACGGACAGUACCACGCCCGGAUGCCGGAAGACAGUGCUGAUGUUCUUCCACGCGAUCGAGUUCCAGAACGGUGACAAUAACUACUACGACGGCCGCUGGAUCGCUGGACUGGGCCAGGUCGUCGUUGUGGCACCCAAUUUCCGGCUGGGCGCAUUCGGAUUCCUCAACAUAGGGUGCCUCUUGAGCGACAUGCCAUGCAUCCCCGAUGAUGAAGGCCUCGGUGACCAGCGGGCAGCUAUGCAAUGGGUGCUCAACCAUAUCGCCAGCUUCGGGGGCAAUACCAGCGACGUGGUCCUCAUGGGUAGCGGUUCAGGAGCGUGGUCCGUCGGUGCCCAUUUGCUCAAGGACGGCAUGGGUGGGCCUCGCUUCUGGAGCCACGAGCGCUUCUCCAAAGUGAUCCUCUUGAGCGAGUCGCCCUUUCGACGGUAUUUCGACGACAAGUCUCACGAGCUGCCAUCCCUGCUGAAAUGCUCCAUCGGCGGAACGGUCGAGAUGCUCCACUGCAUGAGGACCGUCCCUUCUCGCGAGAUCAUUCGCGCCACCAGCGAGGUGGUGCAUUACUUCGGGCCUUCGGCCAGUGCCCACCCCGGCGUCCAUGACGCUUCGGGCGUCACGGGCCGGCGGUUUCUGCUGGGUACCGUCAGCAACGAAGGCACCCACCUUCUCGACUACUUAUUAAGGACUUCGCCGCCCAAUGCAGACAUGGAGUACGUAGUUCGCACAUUCCUAGAUAUGAUAUACCACAUCACGAACGCUAGCGAGGUCGUCGAUGCCUUCCAGAAUGUGAUCAUGCCAUCUGAAAAUGUGACUGGCCUCUCCUGGGCGUACGAACUGCUGGGUGACCUGUUCUACACGUGCCCGCUGUUGCGCCUGGGACGCGAACUCUCGACCCAGGCACGCAACCUGGUGUUCGGUUACGUGUUUGAUUACCAGGCCACCUUCGCCCUCUUCAACGACACGACGGGGGCGGCGCGUUUCUCGGACCUUGACUUCAUGUUCGGCCGUCCCCUGGACGGUUCGCAAGUGGCUAACGCCCAGGAGAAGGACCUCAGUCGGAGGAUGAUCGACAUGUUGUCGACGUUCGCAACGACGGGGUGA